AUGGAGUUUGAACCAUAUCCUCGACAACAGUUUCCUAUUGCGAAUUUUGCAAGCACGGCAGCGCUCGACAUGUCGAGUGUUGCAGCAGCGUUGCCAGAGUACCAGAUGCGCCAAUUCCAACAAUCACCAUAUACCCAACCUUACCAGCAUUCUGCUUCCACCAACCCGUCAAUGAUGUACCAGUAUCACCAGGGCGCGCACUUUGCAGGUCAGACUGCCGCUCAUACCAACCCGUCUUUUGCUCAGCAGUACCCGUCGCAAUAUGGACAAGGCGCGCCUUCGCGACAGCAGCCGCAAGGAGCGGCUUAUGCGCAGUUUCUCGGCAAUCCAGGAGGUCCCGGGGGUCCUCAACCGUACCCAAAUCAAGCGUUUGUGGUACAGCAGCCCAUGAUGCACAAUCCCGGCGGGACAGCUCAACCUCACCAACAUCCACAGUUUCCACAGCCCCAUGGGACCGCCUAUGUUGCGCCGUACGCCUCCAGAUUGGCAAACGCCUAUCCGCUACCACAACUGCGGCUCGACAACAGCCUUGCACAAGCUCAGACAUCGAGCAUCUAUCCACAGUCAAGUUCUCAAGCAGUCAGGAGAUCCAGCUCGAAUUCGUCCUUGCAAACAUCUGUGCUCAGAGGCCCGCCUAGGAAACCAAGGCAAUCUGGCCAUGCUCUUUGGGUCGGCAAUUUGCCGCCUGCGACACACAUAAUUGACCUUAAAGAUCAUUUCGCAAGGGAUGCGACAGAGGACAUAGAAAGUGUCUUUCUGAUCUCGAAGAGCAACUGUGCUUUUGUGAACUAUAAGACCGAGGCUAGCUGCGCAGCUGCUAUGGCUCGCUUCCACGACUCUAGGUUCCAAGGAGUGCGAUUGGUUUGCCGAUUACGACGUGGAAGUUCUUCGACGGCAACACCAUCGCAAGCUGCGACCCAACAACCAACGACGUCUCCUGAAGCAGGAACCGAGGUCGAUGGAGCGGCCAAGGAAUCCACCAUUGUUGACGGGACAAUGUCAGCAGAACCAGAACCUAUGGAGAAGGCCAAGGAGAGGUUCUUCGUGGUGAAAAGCUUGACGGUUGAGGAUUUGGAACGCAGCGUUGUCAGCGGAAUAUGGGCAACGCAGGCCCACAAUGAGGCUGUGUUGAACAAUGCCUAUCGAACGGCAGAGAAUGUUUACCUUGUCUUUUCAGCAAAUAAGUCUGGCGAGUAUUUUGGAUACGCUCGGAUGGAGUCGGCGAUCGACGACGAGUCCGUCGCGAACAUCGAAUACCAACCACGACCAGAGGCGCGAGAACCCAGUCCCGCAGAUCUGCCUUUGACCAUACCAACACCUGCUACGGCGACCGCGCCCAAGGGACGAAUUAUUGAUGACUCGGCUAGAGGUACAAUCUUCUGGGAGGCAGACUCAGAGAGCAAAGAGAAAGAGGAGCAACAUACAGACGAUGAGGCCGGCAAUGUUUCUGGAGAAGGUUAUGAAUCAACCAGUCCAGCCACGCCACAAACUUUUGGCAAACCCUUUCGGAUCAAGUGGAUGUCGACCGAUCGUCUACCAUUUUACAGGACGAGGGGCCUUCGUAACUCUCUGAAUGCCAAUCGCGAAGUGAAGAUUGCGCGAGACGGUACAGAGAUUGAACCUACAGUUGGCCGAAAGCUGGUCAAUAUGUUUCAUCGCCCCCAUGUGGCAUCUGCAAGUCCUGGGGCUACUCGACCACCACCUCAACAACCUCAUCCAGGGCCAAUGGGUGGGUUCAUGUACGGAAGGAGUUAUUGA